AGUUGCUAUGCAACUUGUCGUCGAACAGCAACUGGGACCUGAGUUUCAAACAUAAAUUAUACAUGUCCUGUGAAACACUGGCGAAAGGCGAAACGUGUAAACUUCGAGAAAAAGAGUUUAUUUGGGUGUAACUUGACUCUGGCUCUUAGUACCUUAGUUAGCGGCUCAUAUCAGUGUAACAUCAUUUUUGACUGUAGUCGCCCACCAGCCGUGCAGCCACAAUGUCCAUACAGGCUCUGAGUGGGGAGAUGCUGCACCACCUCUCCAGAGACCAGCUGGUGCAUGUCCUGGAGACCAUACAUGGAACCAAAGAUAUCUACAUUGACCCUGUGCUCAUGAAGCCACUGGAUAGGGUCGCUGGUGCCACUCUGCUCAGAAACCAUGGUGUGGACAAGAUUUUCAAGUUGGAGCGUGCGGCGCCGCCGAUGUCCGGGCGCCACCGUGUGUAUUUGGUCCGGCCGAACCUUGUACUGGUCAAAUACAUCUGUGAUCAAAUCAACAGCAAUGCGGACGAUACUGGCGGCGGAGGACGCGGUCAGGUCCACAUCGUGUUCACGCCCAAGAUUCUGCACGCGUGCCGCCACCUGCUCGAAGAGGAGGGCGUGCUGGGAGUCGCCGAGCUGCACCAGUACGCUCUGGACUUUGUGGCGCUGGACGCCGACCUCUGGAGCCUGGAGAUGCCCGAGCUGUACCGCGACUUUUUCCUGGACGGAUGCACGGCGCUGCUGGAACCGGUGGCCCGCGCCGUCUGGAGGCUUCAGUCGCUCUGCGGACUGAUACCGCGUAUUCACGCGCACGGACGAGCCGCCCAACAGGUGGUCUCUCUGCUGGAGUUUUUCCGCUCGGAGCUGGGCGAGCCGCGGGUCACUGAGCCGGAGGUCGGACACCUAGUGGUGCUGGACCGAGACGUGGACUCUGCAGCAGCCCUGCUCUCUCAGCUGACCUACGCCGGCAUCGUGGACGAGACGUUCGGCGUUAAGUGCGGGGUGCUGGAGCUGGGAACUGAUGUGACCGGGACUGAGAAGAGUGUGAAACUGAUGCUGCACAGCAAGGAUGAGGUGUACCGGGACAUCCGUGACCGUCACUUUUCGGCCGUGUUUCCCGUGCUGCGCCAGCGCGCCAAGCAGCUACAGCAGGCACACUCCAAACGUCAGGAGAUGAGUGUCGAACAGAUGAAGGGCUUCAUACAGAGUCAGCUGCGCGAGGUACAGGCGCAGCACAUGUCUUUGGGCACGCACAUCGGCGCCUGUGAGGCCAUCAUGAAGCGCAAGACGCGCUCGUUCGAGGAGCAGCUGCGGGCCGAGCACAGUAUCGUCGACGGCCUGGACAUGCGGGAGAACCUGGCGUUCAUCGAGCAGAACUUGGCGCGCCAGUCGCCGCCGCUGGCCACCCUGCGGCUCAUGUGCCUGUACUCGAUCGCCCAGGGCGGAGUGCCCAGCCGCGAGUACCAGUCGCUGGUCACGCAGUUUGUGCAGAGCCACGGCUUCCACCACCUGGUGACGCUGCACAACCUGAAGCGGCUGGGACUGUUCACCGAGCAGGCGGGCGGGUUCGGCUCGGGGUCGGCGCCCGGGCCGCCGUCGGCCGUGGGAGACGGACAGCACGGACGGAGCGGAUCGCUCGGUGGUGGCGCCGCCACUCGGCUGCUCUCCCAACUACCGGCCGGCGUGCUCGGCGGCGGCCGACAGACGGCGCAGCUGGCUCAAAAAGUGGCGCAGAGCGUCAACCUGGCGCGCCAGAGCGCCUUCAAGACGGUGACGCGGAAACUGGCGCUGAUCCCGGAGUCGUCCGACAACUACGACCUGCGCACGCCGCCGGACGCGGGGUACGUAUUCAGCGGCGCGUACAUCCCGGUCUCGUGCGCCCUGCUGCGGCUGCUGCUGGUGGAGGGCUCGUGGGGCGCGGCGGCCGAGGCGGCGCUGCGCCUGCUGCCCGGGGAGACGGUGCGCCGGCGGCAGACAGACGCCGAGCCGCCGCGGGUGGUGCUGCUACUGCUGCUGGGCGGUGUGACGAUGGCCGAGGUGGCCGGACUGCAGCAGGUGGCGCGCGCCCUCUCGCACCGGCUGGUGGUGCUGACCACGGCCGUCGUCACCGGUAACACGCUGCUGGAGGGCGUGGCGCGUGACAGGGCCGCCGUCUGACCGGCCGGCGAGGGUGGACGUAUGCACUAGCUGCCUUUCAGUCUCGCCUGUGAUGGGGCUGAACGGCUGGCAUAUACGAGGGUCAAAUCCUGGUAGGACUUCAGUGUGGCAUUACCCUGCACAUGUGAUGCGUGACCUAUGCCGUGCCCGGAAGGAUGGCCAUCCUGCGGUACUGUUUCGGCUGUGACGCCAGGGAACGUUCAAGUACCGGACCCGGAACGCCCGCUGCCAUUUAAGUAGUAAAUGGUGCGCCGAUUAUAAGGCCAAAGUGCUCCCCAGACGAGUUUUAAAAGGGGCCAUCAGCUCAUACAAAACACGUCUUCCCGGGGGUUGUGCUUCGUGGCGAAUACGGAACUAUUUGGGAAUGUUGUGCUAGUCGUUUUGACUAGUGCUUGGGAGUGUCACCGUAUCAAAUGAAUGCUAAUUAUAACUUGGCGUUGGUUAUUCCACUCACCAUUCCAUCUGUAAUGAUCUCAUCCUCUCAUUUUUGUUGAAUUGUAUGUUCGUUGACCGCCAAUUUAAUGUGUGGAUGUUGCAGUCAUGCUACGACUAAUUGUCUUUGUUGAGAUUGUCAUUGAAAGUAAUGUUUGUUCUCUAAACUGGUUGUUUUGGUGUUAUUUGAUUAUUAUGACGUGCCAGUGUGGUUAAACUGUUGUGUGAUAAGAUAAAUGUUCUAGGUCAAUUUCAAUGUUUCCGUUGCUUUAGACUGUUUGCGGGGUAAAUGCUAAUUAUUAUACCUAUUUCAAUAUUUGUGGUGUGAUAUUUAUCUGGGCAAUACAAGUACAACUGCGUUAU